AUUAUUUACGAGUUCAAUGAAAACCCACUCGUUGCUUGUCAAUACUUUGAACUGUCAAAACAAAAUUUAUUGGAAUCGGAGAGGAUUGAGAGGCGUUAACCGCGAGAGUAUCCCUAAAACAACCCCUGUUAGACGAAAUGAUUCGCUUCAUUUUAAUUCAAAAUCGUGCGGGUAAGACGCGUCUGGCGAAGUGGUACAUGAACUUCGACGAUGACGAAAAACAGAAGCUUAUUGAAGAAGUACACGCCGUAGUCACAGUCAGGGACGCGAAACACACCAACUUUGUUGAGUUCCGAAACUUCAAGAUAGUGUACCGGCGGUACGCGGGGCUGUACUUCUGCAUCUGCGUGGACGUGAACGACAACAACCUGUGCUACCUGGAGGCCAUCCACAACUUCGUGGAGGUCCUCAACGAGUACUUCCACAAUGUCUGCGAGCUGGACCUUGUCUUCAACUUCUACAAGGUGUACACAGUAGUGGAUGAGAUGUUCUUGGCGGGCGAGAUCCGGGAGACCUCACAGACCAAGGUGCUCAAGCAGCUGCUCAUGCUCAACUCCCUCGAGUAA